AUGAAGAGGCUCCGAGGUUUCAAGAUCGGACACAGGUUCGUCAAGAUCUUCAAAUGGAUAAUCCGAACACGGCGAUGUCUCCGUCGUGGAGCCAACAGACUAUGCGGAGGAGGAAAGAAAACGGGUCAUACCCGGCUGGGCAACGACCCGAAGACGCAGGCUGUUCCGAAAGGGCAUUUAGUGGUUCACGUGGGAGAAUCCGGCGGCGAUACGCGGCGCGUGGUGGUUCCGGUGGUUUACUUUAACCAUCCUCUGUUCGGAGAGUUGCUGGAGCAUGCGGAGCGGGCUUACGGGUUCGACCAACCGGGUCGGAUAACGAUACCUUGCAGGGUAUCGGAUUUUGAGAAGGUUCAGCUGAGGAUCGCCGCAUGGGAUCACUGCCGACGGAAGAAGACUUUCAAGAUUCUCUAA